CAUGGAGCCCGGGGCAGGUCUUGGAAGAGUGGAGUUCUCAAUGAGAAGCUUGUGAAUCGUAUGGACAGAAGCAUUGCGUUGUGUACCAAGGAGGGUCCAUCAAGCACAUUUUAAUUCGAGGCACAAUUUGAAAAAGCGACUUAAUUGUUUGUUUGGUUUUUUUUUGUAGAGUUUAAGUGCACGUGUAGAAACAAAGCUGAGCUGUAAAGCGAAAUCUUAAAAGUGAGGGAACGUUGCAUACAUUACGUGUUUCUGGAUGUUGGAAUAUUUCUACUUGACCAAAAGAAAAACUUCAAGGGAGCUGAAAGUAAGCCUCUUUACGACUGCGUUUGUGUGCUCAAUGUGCAGUAGCGCGAACUUGCGGAACAAUCGGGAUUUUUUAUUUUGUUUUUCAACAGAACUACUUAACUGAGAAAGUUUUUUUCGGUGAUCGCAUUUCCUGAAGUUUAAAUGUGUUAUCUUGGGAAGACUGCAGCUGUCUCCUUACGGAAUAGGGAAGAUUCCUGAUUCGAGUGCGCGGUAUGCAGACAACAAAGAGAAAAUUGCGGUUUCCUAUUAUGUGGGUAAUAAUUGAGGUCUAAAUUUUAUAAACAGUUGGAGUUUUGUGAAGGUGGUCAGUUUCGUAUACAGCGUUUUUUUAUCCACUGAUACCGGAAAGCUGGAAAAAGAAAUGGAGUGGUUAAGUCUCUUCGCCUGGGAAACAAAGGGAUGUCGAGACAACCUGGCUGUCUGACUGACAACGAGCCCAUGCAACGAAACCCGUGCAAAAAUGGACGAGGAAGGCUCCACGUUGGACAAUAAGCUUGCAAAAUGACUGAAACGAAGGCUUUUCUUUGAUUUUUUUUUUAAUUGAAUAGGGUGCGCACAGGCCGUCAGUGCGGAUUAAAAUACAAACGUUAAAGCAGUUCGGGAUUAAAAAAAAAUUGUUCCGAUGGUAACAUCUGCAUUUUAGUCGUCUUGUUCGAAACAUGCGUAUUUAUAACUAUUAAUUAGACAUGAAGAACGUUUGCGCUGAGAAUUUUUUGCAAGUGAUUGCAAUUCUGCUUCUUGGAAGUGGCUGCUCGGCUCUACCCCUCGGCUGUAAACCCAGCGAGGAGCGUCCAAAAAGCACUGGAAAAACCACCCAAGUCGUGGAGGGGAAAGUGGUCUGCAGCAACAUAGAACUUGAUCAGCUAUUGCCACCGGAGACGUUACCAAACGGAACAGUGACCCUGAUCCUAAGCAAUAAUAAAAUUCAGGAAUUGAGGAAUGGCUCGUUUGUUGGUCUCUCAGCACUGGAAAGACUGGAUCUGAGAAACAACAUAAUAAGUCACAUAGAGCCGGGAGCUUUUCUGGGACUGCAGGCUCUCAAGAGACUCGACUUGUCUAAUAACAGAAUUGGCUGCCUGAAUGUGGAUAUUUUUAAAGGCCUCCAGAGUCUUGUUAGACUAAAUCUUUCAGGGAACAUAUUUUCUUCUCUGUCUCAAGGCAUCUUUGACAGUCUUGACUCCUUGAAAACCCUAGAGUUUCAAACGCCGUACCUUCUUUGUGACUGCAACCUGCUGUGGUUGAUACGCUGGAUGAAGGAGAAGAAUGUCAGCACGCGGGGAACUAUAUGCUCGUACCCGCGUUCUCUCCAGGGCCAGCUGGUGAAUGCUGUCAUGCCAGACCGUCUGACAUGUGAUGCUCCCCUUGAGCUGCCGUCUUUCCAGAUGACACCAUCUCAUCGUCAAAUUGUGUUCAAGGGUGACAGCCUGCCCUUUCAGUGUAUGGCUUCCUAUAUCGAUGAGGAUAUGCAGGUUUUGUGGUAUCAGGAUGGAAAAAUAGUGGAACCUAAUGCUUCCCUGGGAAUUUUCAUUGAAAAGAGGAUGGUGCAGAACUGCUCGUUGAUUGCAAGUGCCCUUACCAUUUCCAACAUCCAGCCUGGCUCGACGGGAAACUGGGAGUGUCGUGUGAGGACAAGUCGAGGGAACAAUACCAGAACCGUUCACAUCGUGGUCUUGGAGAGCUCUGCUAAGUACUGCCCUCCAGAGAGAGUGGUGAACAACAGAGGAGAGUUCAGCUACCCUGGCUCUUCCCCUGAUGACAGGAGAGCCUGGCGAAGGUGCGACAGGGGUGGCUUUUGGACAGAAGAAGACUACUCUAAGUGCCAGUAUGCCAACGAUGUCACCCGUGUGCUGUACAUAAUCAAUCAGAUGCCUCUAAACCUGACAAAUGCGGUGACGACGGCGAGGCAGCUGCUGGCCUACACCGUGGAAGCGGCCAACUUCUCUGACAAGAUGGAUGUCAUCUUUGUGGCUCAGAUGAUUGAGAAGUUUGGAAAAUUUGCCGAGAAGUAUAAAGAGCUGGGAGAUGUUAUGGUGGACAUCUCCAGUAACCUCAUACUGGCUGAUGAGAGAGUUCUGUGGAUGGCUCAGAAAGAGGCUAGAGCCUGCUCACGAAUUGUGGAGUGCUUGCAGAGGAUUGCCAGUUAUCGACUGGCCAGUGGGGCCCAGGUUUAUUCCACUUACUCUCCGAAUAUUGCUCUGGAGGCGUAUGUGAUCAAGGCCAGCAGUUUCAAUGGAAUGACCUGCACGGUAUUCCAGAAAGUCACCCCAGACCGCACAGGACUGGGCGAGUUUAGCAGGAGGGACCCAGAUAUGAAUCUGGACAAACAGCUGAGCUUCAAAUGCAACGUCACAAGCACUCUGUCUAGCCUGGCGCUUAAGAACACUAUUAUAGAGGCCUCUAUCCAGCUGCCUUCAACUCUGUUCUCUCAAUACACCACUGCCGGCCAACCAGAUGAAGCCUAUUACAAGCUACAGCUCCUAGCCUUUAGAAAUGGAAAACUUUUCCCAACCACUGGGAAUUCGACAGUGCUGGCUGAUGACCGGAAGAGGAGAAGUGUGGCAACCCCUGUCAUCCUCGCAAAGAUAGAUGGGUAUCCUCUGAAAAACCUGCGGAACCCAGUGAAUGCCACCCUGCGGCGGUUUGCCCAUGGUGUGGACGCGGUAGCGGCUUACUGGAACUUCAGCCUCCUCAACGGACAGGGGGGCUGGGAGUCGGAAGACUGCCGCAUCCUCUUCUCUGAUGACAACUUCACCACUAUUUCCUGCAGUUCACUCAACAACUAUGCAGUGCUAAUGGACCUAAGUGGAGGAGAGUACUUUACCUUAACAACUGAGCUGCUUCAUCCAGUCAUCUACGCUACUGCCGUGAUACUUCUGCUGUGUCUGCUGACAAUAAUUGUCAGCUACGUGUACCAUCACAGGUCUGUCCGAAUCAGCCGGAAGUGCUGGCACAUGCUUGUUAAUCUGUGCUUUCACAUUCUCCUGACUUGCGUGGUAUUUAUCGGAGGCAUUAAUCAGAUGCGCAACACCAGCAUUUGCCAGGCAGUGGGGAUCAUUCUGCAUUACUCCACACUGGCCACUUUGCUGUGGGUGGGCGUGAUGGCCAGGAACAUCUACAAGCAGGUGACCCGGAAGGCAAAGAGAUGCGAGGACCUGGACGAGCCCCCUCCCCCACCGAGGCCCAUGCUCCGGUUUUACCUAAUAGGUGGAGGAAUUCCUGUCAUUGUCUGUGGAAUAACUGCUGCAGCAAAUAUAAAAAAUUACGGAAGCCAAGUGAAUGCACUAUACUGUUGGAUGGCAUGGGAGCCCAGCCUUGGCGCGUUCUAUGGCCCAGCGGGAUUCAUCAUCUUCAUAAACUGUAUGUAUUUUCUUAGUAUCUUCAUCCAACUAAAAAGGCACCCGGAAAGGAAGUAUGAGCUCAAGGAGCCAGCAGAGGAGCAGCAGCGCUUGGCAACCAACGAGCACGGAGAGACCAACCUCAAUGACUCUCUGUCCAUCUCCCAGGGCAAUUACUCGGCCGUCUCUCUGUCAGCCCUGGAGAAUGAGCACACUUUUCCAGCACAGCUGUUUGGUACUAGCUUGACCCUGCUGCUGUUUGUGGCUUUGUGGGUUUUUGGGGCUGUGUCGGUCUCGCAGGAUUACCCAGUAGACCUCAUCUUCAGUUGUCUUUUUGGGGUGGUGGCAUUGGGCCUGGGUGCCUUUUUAGUGGUCCACCACUGUGUCAACAGAGAAGACAUGCGCCGUUAUUGGAUCUCUGCCUGCUGUCCUGGGAGAAGCACUUAUUCUGUGCAAGUGAAUGCUCCUCCAGUGGGUUCAAGCAGCGGGAAUGGUGAGGCUCCUAAAUGUGCUAACAGCAGCGCUGAAUCCUCUUGCACGAACAAGAGCGCGUCCAGCGUUAAAAAUUCCUCCCAGGGCUGCAAGCUGACUAAUCUGCAGGUUGAGGCGGCUCAGUGCAAGCCAAAUCCUGCCCAUAGCAAUGGGGCAGCCCAGGUGGAUAACAGCCUGACAGAGCAUUCGUUGGACAAUGAAAUUAAAAUGCACAUUGCACCAGUUGAGGUUCAGUUCCGUCCAAAUGGGCACCCGGGCAGGCACCAUAAAAACAGGACUAGAGCCCACCGAGCCAGCAGGCUGACGGUGCUGAGAGAGUAUGCCUACGAUGUUCCCACCAGCGUGGAAGGGAGCGUACAAAACGGCUUCCAUAGAAACCGUCACAGCAGCUAUGACAGCCACACGAGAAACCGCCGAGCCGCCUACUUGGCCUACAGAGAGCGGCACCAGAACCAGUUCCAGCAGGACAGCAGCGAUGCCAGCACCACAAUGCCCAGACGCAGCAGGAGCACUGAUAAAGGAGGAGGUGGCGGCACAGGGGAAGUAGGCUGUGGAAUAUCAGACACAAGCAAAGACAGCUUAAAGCAACCAAUCCUUGAAAUUGAGAGCCAGAAGUCAUAUGGCCUGAAUUUGGCUUGUCAGAAUGGACCACUUAAAGACAGUGGGCAAAAUGUGCCAUUAAUCAACGCAGAUAACACUGGCAAUAUAAGGACUGGCUUAUGGAAACAUGAAACUACUGUGUAGUGAUCAUUUCUUUUUAAUACCACCCUAUUUACUAUUCCCUGAACUGUGAAAUACAUUAUUUCGAGCUUUAAUCACUGUUUAAGUGUUCUGCAGGUGUCUAAAAUAUUUAAUGUAUAAAAAGUCAUGAUGAUUCAGUACGUGAAGCUGUCAUGCUUGUAUAUUUCAGUAAAAUGAUAAGAGUGUGAAAAUGAGUCAAGUCACACUUGAUUGUACGAGGGCACGUUUAUCACACUUGUAAAUUGUCUAUUUUUUAUAUUGUCGGAUCCUGUUUAAUAUACUAUUUGAAUUUUGUAAUUUUUAUAUGUGACACUGCAUGAUUCGUGCUGUUGCCCUGUGAGUAUAACGGGGGCAAGUCAAUUCUUUUUUCAUAAUAAACAGAAUGUGUUCAAUUGCAGUUAAACUCAA